UCGCCCCUCGGGCCUCCCCGAUCACAGAUUUCCGUACGAACGCUUUUGGUUCAUGCGUGCGUGCUGUCGACCAAGCCAACUUCGACUUCUCCGUUGAACUCUGCUUUGCCAGGCAGCGAAGACUCUACAUGCCUAAACAGCACCGCUGUUGCCGCUUCGUCCUUAGAUCGGUCUUUUGUAGCUGGACUAAAUUGUAACUAAUGUCGGUCAUUCGGAGUUUUCCCUGAAGUGAAGCGAUUUGCAAUGAAAUGUACACUGGUGCCAGGUGAUGACAGAAUAAUUUCUUUAACUUGUCUAGUAUGUGACGGGCGACCAGCGUUGCAUGCAACGAAAUAACGACGUCUGAAACCAACCAACGCAGCGUGAGGUUCCCACUAGCUAGUCUGUCUUCAAGCCUAAGCAGAGUGUGACGCGUUCUUUGCUUUCGUUGUCAUCGGCUGGGAUUUCUCGGAGAUGCUACGCGCAGUGUGAAGGUGUUAUAAGCCCCUGUUAUGAACGUCAAGCUUCCGCCUCGACAUGUGAUGCUUGGGCUGAAGUUAUGAACCCCAUCAUUGAUGGACAGCAACCUUCUUGGCGCCUUUGGGGGGAAGAGAAAAGUGAUGGAGCAGUGUACACAGUUUACCUUAAGAAAGUACGAUACCAUCCAAGUAGCUCCCUCAGUCGACAUGACUCUGAGGACUCAGUAUCCCACUUGGAAUGGGAGACUGUGCGUGUGCGAGUCAUCAAGGCAGGGCCCCUGGAGGCCAUCGUGGCCAACCUGGCGGAUGACGAGGGGGGCCUUGAACCAACAAAUGUUAACGUAUUCCUGGCCACCUAUCGCUCAUUUGCUACCCCUCAGCAAGUGCUGGAUGCUUUCCAGGCCAGGUUUCGGGAGCUGAAGAACCGGGAUGGUGCAAAGGGCCUAAGUGCAACAUCUCAGCGGCAUCACCAGUCAUUGGUGCAGUCUCUGGUGGUGUGGCUGGACAUGUAUCCGGAGGACCUGUAUGAGCCACCACAGUUCUCAGUGCUUCACCAGUUGGUGGCUCUGGCUCAGGCGCAGCUGGAACCAGGGUCAAACCUGGAGUUAAGAGCUAAGCACAGACUACAGCAGUUUAUUGCAAGGGAUCCUGAAAAAGAUGGACCAUUCUUCAAGCCACCACCUUGGAAUGUGGUAUUUGGGAGCAGUUGGCCAGGAGCACAGGCCAGGGCCCAGGUGGUUGGAGGACCCCUUUGGUUACAGGACUUGGAUGAAGAACACAUUGCCUGUCAGCUGACUUGGAUGGAUGCGGACCUGUUUCGACGAUUGGUGCCGCACCAUUGUCUGUCUGCCAUGUGGCGCAAGCGAGGUGCCAGGGACUGGGCAGGCACAGUGCACAACACGGCCACAGCCACUGUGCAGCAGUUCAAUGCAGUCUCACGCCGUGUCACAUCAACACUGCUGUGGGAACGCUGGGACGAGGGCAACCGAGUUCGCCUGCUUGCUAAGUGGAUUGGUGUAGCACAAGAGCUACGGCUGCUUAAGAACUUCUCCUCACUCAAGGCUGUCAUCGCAGCGCUGCAAAGCAAUGACAUCUACCGAUUGUCUAGUGUGUGGGCUCGAGUGACUCCAGAUAGACUGCAGACGUUCCUGGAGCUGGCACGCAUUUUUUCCAGUGAAGACCACCGGCUUUCCUGCCGUGAGCUCAUGCUGAAGGAGGGAACAGCUAAGUUUGCAGACACAGUAGGUGAUGAUGAUCGGCAGCUUCAGAAAGCAAUGCAACGACAACAGGCAGCAGGCUCGCCUGGCACAAUGCAGGGUACAGUGCCUUACCUUGGCAUCUUUUUGACGGACUUGACCAUGCUAGAUGCCGCUCUUCCUGAUGAGCUGCCCGGAGGUCUGCUCAAUUUUGACAAGCGUCGUCGUGAAUUUCGUGUCCUGGCACAGAUAAAGCUUCUCCAGAGUGCUGCUAACUGCUAUAGCCUGCAGCCAGAUCCUGCAUUUGUGGCUUGGUUUGAAACACUGCCUAUGCUUUCAGAUGAACAGAGUUAUCGACUGUCCUGUAAAGUGGAGCCGGCUAGCAGUCCCAAGAGAAGCCCUUUGAGUUCUUCAGGCAAUGCUGUUGAUGGGGACACAGCAUCGCUUACCAGCACUAGCAGCCAGCCACAGAGUGGUGGCUCUCAGGAAAGCUUACGACGGAAUGGGUGGACACACCAACGCCCAUGGCAAAGCACUGGAAAUCUGCAGAGCAUGAUGAGUGCAUGCCCGCCACCCACACCACCUCAUGACCCAGACUUGAAGGUCAUUAGAGUCAGCCUGGAUCCUACAUUGGCUGCAGGACAGGGCAGUCCAUCUGGCAUGAACCAAGGCACCACACUCUACAAGAGCAUAUUGCUCAGCAAUGGGGACCAUACACCGACCGUGGUGCGCAAUGCCCUUGAGAAGCAUGGCCUAGAGGGUGACCCCGAUGAGUACGAACUGACCCAGCAGCUGCCAGAUUCUGAAAUAGUUUUUCCACCUUCAGCCAAUGUCUUCUAUGCACUCAGCACAGCUCAUGCCCUGAACUUUAUCCUUCGCCAAAAGAAGAGUGAACCAGCCUCUCCUGUCAGCUCCAAAAAGUCCCGCAAACCCUUUCAGCUCAAGUUGAAGUUGCCAAGUGGCACGUGAACUAAUUUCUUCCCUUCAGAAAGGUCUGCUAGCAUUUCUCCAAAUGAAAGUACACCUAUUGCUCCAACACCACAAACAUAAGCAACACUUGGUAAUGUCAUCCUUUCGUAAGAGAUUCAGUCGGCAGAGGUCCUAUGUCGAAUGUGAAAUCAAACUUGCAGAUAUAGGCGACAUUGGGUGAUAAAGUGCCUGGGGGAGAAAAAAGAAACUUUGAGCAAUUUUUACUGCUGCUGAGCAUUGUGAAGGCGUGGCACUCACAAAAUUGUGGCAAGUUAUUUACUGCAGUCAGCUGUGAUGUCUAAAAGAAUCGAAAUAUGGCAUCAUGCAUUGUUCCUGUCAUUUCAGCAUACUUUGGUGUUAACUUUGGUGCCUUCUAGGCUCUGAAAGCAUGUUGAAAAUGACAUGUGCCAAUGAGUAUUGUAUUUUUAUAUAACAUGGAAAUCAAACUUCGUGCAUACAACUUUGGCAUUCAAAAGCACCAGGAAGUGCAGCAUCCUUACUUAGCAGUUGUCCAUCUUGUGGUAAGAAACCAUGAGGUAUUUGAUGGUAAGAAAAUGCAAUAAUGACUUUCUUAUGCUGUUUUUUUUAUGUCGCCAGAUUAAACUUAAUCACUAAGACCUUUCUACACCGUCUAACAUUUUUAAGGGCCAGAAUUUUCUUUUUAUACCUUGCUGUCAUUUUUUUCUUGACCAUUGUUUUUUGUUGUUACAACUUCAGUGGCCUAUGGCAAAACAGCAGGGAUUUGUUAGUAAUCUGCAAGCUUUGCCACCCGAUUAUUAUUUCAUGCUGUAACAUAUUGUGCACAUUCUUACAUUUGAGAGUCUGUUUCGCAUUGCACUAUUUUGAAGCAUGUCAGUGCAACUGUAAGCAAAUAGUGCAACUUUGCUUUUUUUUUUAUCGUUUGAUGUUCUCUGUACAUAGUGUUUAUUGUUUCUCUUAACUGUCACCAUUUUAACGACUUUUUCUGCUCUUAAUUACUGGCCUGGUCCCUGACCAGAGCAACAAAAUCAAUGCUCACUUCACAUAGUCAUUGGUAUUUUGACUGUGUGAGAAAACGGUAACAUCGAACACAGCAGGACUUGAGGCAUUCCAGAGCUAUACUCUACCAUUUCCUGCCCCAGCACUAGUGCAUAUCAGGAUGAGCGAGAGCUUCCGUUUAACAAGCUGAAGGUAUUCCAGUUUCUUGUGCACUUGUUUGGUCAUCUUGAACAAAACUGGUCUGUUUACACAUUGAGAAGGCAGGGCCUUUUACCAACACUCGAGUGCCUCUUUAGCUCUUAUUUUACACUAUUGCCAUGUGGUAGCUCCAACUCCUUUAUUAUUAUACUCUCUCUAGUUCUGCAAAUUUGCAGGCUCAUUAUAAGCAGAAUUUUUCAUUUCAGUGUGAGGAACUUUUUUCCAAGAACACAGUGCUUUUGUUCUUAAACUUGUGACUUUUGUUUUCAUGUUAUUGCUGUGAUAUUUGGUGUUACUGCUGGUUAUUUUCAGCUGUUUGUGUAUGUUCAUGCAUUUUAAAUGGUUUUUGUGCAGAUACGUUGGAGCUUCACAACUUUGUUUCUGUUCAUCUUUCUCUUGAUCCCUUUGGAUUGUUUCCAAAGGCUGUGGUAGUCAGCCACUUAUCGGGGCAUGAGUACAGCAUACCAAAGAGCACAAAAUGUUGCUCUUCAUUGUACCAGUGUGACUGCUGCCUAGAGUCUGCUCGUGCCUAUUGUAUAUAUUUUAUGUAUACACCUGCAAUAUUUUUUUUUCUGACAUUUGAGUAACAUGAACAAGAGGCAGCAAGCAGCUAAAGGUUGCUUCUUCCCUAUUAUAGCGUUGCUGUUAUGGAACGACUCUUGAAGUUGAUUAAUGCUUCUGUAUGCUAUCGGAUCCAAUGAGGCAGGACGUAAAUAUUGUUUAAAGCGGCACUGCUUGCACCAAGUUGUGGUCUUAAGGAAUAUAUAUUUUUUUCUAACAGUUACUUAAUCGUUUAAGUAUAUUGGAUAGUGUGAGCAGAUGUUUACAAAAUUAUAUAUAUAUAUAUAUAUAUAAACAUGUGUUUUUCUUAAACUCUCAAAUGGAUGCUGAGCUAUAUGUUUGGCAAGCUUUUCUUGAGAUUUAGUCUUUAUCAAAAUACUUUCUGUGAAAGUCCUUUGCAAUAGUGCAAUACUCCAAGAAGCUUCCCCUAUGGCUGUAUGUUUGCUACCAAGCCCAUCUUCCCGCUUCUGUGCUCACAAACUAGGGGCAAGCAUCACUGCAAGGGCAGGACAGCACACGGAAGGCGAUUCGUGUGGCCUUAAUUUUCCCACAGACGACUUUUACUGUUUUUCUUGCACAUUUUAUUAAUUGGAGCCACUCAAGGUCACAUAUCAGACUGCAUGUGCAGUGUGUAUAUUCCUUGUUUCCCUCCACAUUGCGACACUUCUAAAUGGCUCCUCUGCAAUAGCACAGGCAGCUUGUAGCAGUCAUUUUGCACUUGGCUGUUAUACAUGUGAAUGUAUUUUGCUGUGGAAGCAGUAUUAGUAACAGCCAGCAGUCAAAACAGCCUUUUCUGUCUUCCGGGCACAUACGACCUGGCACUUCUCAUCCACAGUUAAAUGUUGAGUGCACACCUCCCUGCGUGCCUUUUGUGCUUUGUGAUAAUUGCGUGGGCAUCACAUUGUGCGUGACAGAAUAAACCUUGUCAACAAUCA